CACAUGAAUGUUUGUUUCUUAACUUUGAUGUUGCUUGCUGUGUUCACCAGCCAGCACCUGUGUCUGGUAUUCUGUGAUGUGUGUGUCCCCGCCCAGGACAGGUUAGUCCACAUCCGAGUCCUGCCGUCAUAUUGCAACAGAGUCUCCUCAGUAUCGUGAAUCUUCUCCCAGCAUGAGCGACUUGACCCAGCUGUCCCACAGACACAAUAAUGUCUUCGGUAACGCGGCGCCCCAACUCACCUGGACGGACAACGGCGUCGUCCCGGAAUGGUUUCAUGGGGGAAUCACCAGGAAGUCUGCAGAGGAGCUCCUGACGUCCAAGCUGCCGGGUUGCUUCCUGGUCCGAGUCAGCGAGAGCAGAGUGGGCUACACGCUUUCUUAUCGGGCGCAGAAACGCUGCAGACAUUUCAUGAUCGAGGCCAAAGGCGACUCCUUCGCCGUCGUGGGUGAGCACAUGAGUCACCCCGGUCUGCAGCAGCUGGUGGACUUUCACAGGAAGAUUCCCAUCGCGCCGUACACGGAGGUGCUGACGACCCCUUGUGGACAGACCUCGAAUGGUGGAAACAUUGAGAAGAAUUUGGAGAAUUCUAACCAGAUCCCUCAAGCAGCAGAAGAGGUCCUUCCUGCUCAAGAUGAAGUGAGAAGCCAAACACCUCCAGUCAAGCCUGUGCCAAAAAGCAGGAAGCGAUACGCCACCGACAAGAAGCCCUCUCCCGAGACCACGUGCACACCUGCGGACGCAGCACCUGCACUGCCCUGUGAUACACCCCCGGCAGGUGAAUGCUCGGAGACGACAACGGAGAGCAAGGAGAUGACGUGGGAACAGCUCUUCGAUGCGGUGCUCUUUCCUUACAUGGAGGAGAGCGAGAGACUCCCGCAGGAGUACAACCCUCCUCCACCCUUUGCACCAAAUUACCUCAAAGCAGGCCCUUAAUGGACAAGACAAGAAUAACAAACCACAAUGUAGGCUCUUAAUGGACAAGACAAGAACAACAAACCACAAUGCAGGCCCUUAAUGGACAAGACCAGAAUAACAAACCACAAUGCAGGCUCUUAAUGGACGAAACAAGAAUAACAAAACACAAUGCAGGCCCUUAAUGGACAAAACAAGAAUAACAAACUACAAAGCAGGCCCUUAAUGGAUAAGACAAAAAUAACAAACCACAAUGCAGGGCCUUAAUGGACAAGACAAGAAUAACAAACCACAAUGCAGGCCCUUAUUGGACAGGACCAGAAUAAUAAACAACAAUGCAGGCCCUUAAUGGACAAGAAAAAAACCCCACAAUGCAGGGCCUUAAUGGACAAGAAAAAAAACCCACAAUGCAGGGCCUUAAUGGACAGGGCCAGAAUAAAAAACGCAAUGCAGGCCCUUGAUGGACAAGACAAGAAUAAAAAAACACAAUGCAGGCUCUUAUGGUAAAAGACAAUAAUAACAAACAACAAUGCAGGCCCUUAAUGGACAAGACAAGAAUAACAAAACACAAAGCAGGCCCUUAAUGGACAAGAGAAUAAUAACAAACCACAAUGCAGGCCCUUAAUGGACAAAACAAGAAUAACAAACUACAAUACAGGCCCUUAAUGGACAAGACAAGAAUAACAAACCACAAUGUAGGCUCUUAAUGGACAAGACAAGAACAACAAACCACAAUGCAGGCCCUUAAUGGACAGGACCAGAAUAAUAAACAACAAUGCAGACCCUUAAUGGACAAGACAAAAAUAACAAACCACAAUGCAGGCCCUUAAUGGACAGGACCAGAAUAAUAAACAACAAUGCAGGCCCUUAAUGGACAAGACAAAAAUAACAAACCACAAUGCAGGGCCUUAAUGGACAAGACAAGAAUAAAAAACACAAUGCAGGCCCUUAAUGGACAAAACAAGAAUAACAAACUACAAUACAGGCCCUUAAUGGACAAGACAAGAACAACAAACCACAAUGCAGGCCCUUAAUGGACAGGACCAGAAUAAUAAACAACAAUGCAGGCCCUUAAUGGACAAGACAAAAAUAACAAACCACAAUGCAGGCCCUUAAUGGACAGGACCAGAAUAAUAAACAACAAUGCAGGCCCUAAUGGACAAGACAAAAAUAACAAACCAGAAUGCAGGGCCUUAAUGGACAAGACAAGAAUAAAAAAACACAAUGCAGGCUCUUAAUGGACAAGACAAGAAUAACAAACCACAAUGUAGACUCUUACUGGACAAGACAAGAACAACAAACCACAAUGCAGGCCCUUAAUGGACAAAAUAAGAAUAACAAACUACAAUGCUGGCCCUUAAUGAACAGGAACAGAAUAACAAACCACAAUGCAGGUCCUUAAUGGACAAGACAAGAACAACAAACCACAAUGCAGGCCCUUAAUGGACAAGACAAGAAUAACAAACUGCUCACUGCCCUGGACGUCACCUGAAGGUUUUGUUCCCCAACCUGCAAAAUGUGAACUUUUGAGAGCGCCUCAUCUCAACAUCCGCCAUCUGUAUGAAAUGCAUUCACGUCACGUGCAUGAGAUGCUCGUGCUUGACUCUCAGAUGGACAAGUUCAGCAACUCAUUAUUUAUACAUCUUAUUGUCCUUCCUUUAUGAUGGACACUAAAGAAGUGUAUUCAGCUUGUAGGGUUAACAACUCUUAUUGUCACCUCUAUUUUAUAUAUUUAACAUAUAUUUUACUUAUGUUACACAGAACUGACUUUAACAAAAUGCAGUCAACUAUGAACAGCUAUUAAAAUACUAUUGACAUGUUUGUAGGAAAUUAAAUACAUGUAAAUAAAUUGAUUCAAUGUGAAAUCAGUGUAGAUUUCAAAAUAAAUUUAUAAAUCAUUUAAAUAAA